CAACCUUUCUCUUUCUCUCUCUCUCUCUCGAUUUCUCUGAUUCUCUUUCUCUGAGAAAUCUCAGUUUCAGAGCUCAGGUUCUUUAUUCUUCGUCUUCUUCUUCUUCAAGUCGAUUUUAUCCCCAAAAUCUGCAUGCUCGAUUCUUCGAUCUGCAUCCAUCUCUUUUAUUAAUUUCUCCCUGAAAUAAUUUUUUUUGGGAUCAAAUCAAAUCUCCGGAAGAUAAAUGUGAUUCGGAGAUUGUGAUCGGAGAUAAAAUUUUGACUUCCCCGGAGUGAUAUCGGAGAAGAUAAUGCGGGUAAAGGAGCUUCAUCCUCUCUGCUGUAUCACUCUGGAGAGUCCACACGUUCUCGAUGAGAAGUCGCCGGCGAAUUUGACAAGGUCGAGGAGUCUUCCGGCGACGUCGUUAACCGUUGGAUCCGACCGGAAAAAGAUGACAUCGGUUGGAUCGGAGGCGGAGACGGUGGCUGGGAUCUUAUACAAGUGGACAAAUUUCGGUAAAGGAUGGAGAUCUAGAUGGUUCCUCCUCCGCAACGGAAUCCUCUCUUACUCUAAGAUCCGGCGACCGGAGAAUUUGAAUCUACUCUCUCCGUCGGAAGAUGUGAGGCUAAUCGGAAAUAUCUCCGCCGAUCGUCUCUCCAGGAUGGAUAGUUGCAGUGGUCGCCGGAAACAGGAGAAAACCGUCGGCAUUGUUCAUCUCAAGCAGGUUUCGUCUUUCAGAGAAAGCAAGUCUGAUGAUAGAAAGUUUUAUAUAUUCACAGCAACUAAGACACUUCAUCUGAGGACCGAUUCUAUAAGUGAUAGAGCAGCUUGGUUACAAGCUUUAGCAUCUACGAGAUGCGUCUUUCCUCUCCGGUCACUUAAUGGGGAUUUCUCCUUCACGUCACCAAAGGAUUUGUCCAUAUCAACUGAACGACUAAAGAAACGGUUGCAGGAAGAGGGAAUGAACGAGAAUCUCGUAAAAGAGUGCGAGCAGAUCAUGCUCUCAGAAUUUUCAGAAAUGCAUGGACAAAUUAAACUUCUACAUGAAGAACGGACGAAUUUGUUUGACGCAUUGAGGCAGCUGGAGGCAGCUAAUCUCGAAGCUGGAGCAUCAGGGAUCGAUGACAAUGUCUACCAAUUGACAAAACAUGAAUUUUCCAGCAUAGGACGUGGAAAGUAUAGUGAAUGCAGCACAACAGCUUCAUCUGAUGACAAACAAGAGUUUGAGGAUGUCUCUGAGGAAGAUGAGCCUUCCUUCCAUGACACAAAGGAGUACUUUAAUGAACCUAGUGUUGGUUCUGGAUCCAAUCUAUGUAGCUCUGGAUACGCGGAUAUCAAGAGAAGAACAAAGCUUCCUGAUCCAGCUGAAAAAGAGAAAGGUGUCAGUCUUUGGUCUAUGAUCAAAGACAACGUUGGAAAAGAUCUCACCCGAGUUUGCCUCCCUGUGUAUUUCAAUGAACCAAUAUCAUCCCUCCAAAAGUGCUUUGAAGACCUCGAGUACUCGUAUCUUCUUGACCGAGCAUAUGAACAUGGAAAAUCUGGGAAUGGUCUCCUAAGAGCCUUAAACGUUGCUGCUUUUGCGGUCUCUGGUUAUGCUUCCACUGAAGGCCGGCACUGCAAGCCCUUCAAUCCUUUACUCGGAGAAACAUAUGAAGCUGACUUUCCUGAAAAGGGAAUUCGUUUCUUCUCUGAGAAGGUCAGCCACCAUCCAACUGUCAUCGCUUGCCACUGUGAAGGUAAAGGGUGGAAGUUUUGGGGUGACACUAACCUCAGGUCAAAGUUUUGGGGGAGAUCGAUUCAAGUCGAACCUGUAGGAGUUUUGACUCUGGAGUUUGAUGAUGGAGAAGUAUUUCAGUGGAGCAAGGUAACAUCAACUAUAUACAAUAUCAUACUAGGUAAACUCUACUGUGAUCAUCAUGGGGUGAUGCAAAUCCGUGGGAACCGCCAAUAUUCUUGUACGCUCAAGUUCAAGGAGCAAUCCAUUCUUGAGAGAAAUCCCCACCAGGUAAAUGGUUUUGUGGAAGACUUGUCAGGGAAAAAAGCUGCAACAGUGUUUGGUAAAUGGGAUGAUAGCCUUUACUAUGUUGCUGGUGAUGGAGUCAGCAAGACGAAAGUCAGUGAUCCCUCAUCAAAUGCCUCGUUACUUUGGAAAAGGACCAAGCCACCACAUAAUGUCACUAGAUACAACUUAACCUCAUUCGCCAUUACCCUGAACGAGCUCACACCUGGUUUGCAGGAGAUACUUCCUCCUACAGACUCUAGGCUCAGACCAGAUCAACGGCAUCUCGAGAAUGGUGAAUAUGAGAAGGCUAACUUAGAGAAACAACGGUUAGAAAGAAGACAAAGAAUGUCACGGCAACUUCAGGAAAGUGGGUGGAGACCGAGAUGGUUUGAGAAACAAGGAGAAAGCGAAACCUUCAAGUACACGGGAGGUUACUGGGAAGCACGAGGACACAGGAAUUGGGAUGAUUGCCCCGACAUCUUCGGGGAGUUCAAAGAAGAGUUAGUGGAUUCUGCUUAAGAUAAAAAAAGCUUCUCUGUUUCAUUUCCAGAAUCUGCUUAAGUGAAGAUUUUCAUCCGGACGACAUUGGAGUUGUGUUACACAGAAGAAAACGUCCCUCGACAUAAAUCAAAAGCCAUUUUCUUCAGUUUUGUGCUUGAAAGUGGGCAUAGAACAAGAUCAGAAGAAAGGCUUUGGUUAUACUUUUUGCAAAGGAUAUGUAAUCUUAUCUCCUAAAGAUGUCCUCCUUUUGGUAGUAGAGUGUCUCUGUAAAGUCUUAUCUCCUUAUCUCUCUUUAUCUCUGUCUCUUUCACUCUGUAUCCUUCUCGUUAAAUAGUUGAGAUUAAUGUAGGUUGGUCAAUACAUUUGGACAAGUU